CUGUACCUAAUUCAGACGGUAUCAAUUGUCUCUUGAAAAGAAAUAAAUAUACGAAGAGUUCUUCGAUAAAAGAAUUCAACGAAAUAAAUACCAAAAACGAUAUUAAUUGCAAGAACUUGAAUAUAAAAAGAGUAAUGACACGAGAAGUUAUUCUAAACGAAGUACUAGAAAGUCCAUGGAUCCCUCGGUUACCUUAUUACUACAAACCAUUUCGUAGAAAAACUGUUGAAACUGAUCCAAUCAUUACGGCUAAGAGUCAACUCGAUGGAAAUAAUGAUAACAAUAAUAAUAUAAACGAAAAACUUCCCUCAAGCACCACUGAAGAUACGAAAAACGAUUCAAAUAGUGAAAUUAGAGUUGCAGCAAUAUCACGUUCUCGUCGUCUGAGCGCUAGAGACUUGAAAUGCACAACUUGUAAUCAGGUGUUCACGAAUGAGGAAUCUUUUACAACGCACAUGCGUCGGCAUACAUCUAUGACUAGAUACAGUUGUGGAGAAUGUUAUAAAACCUUUUCACAGCUUCGCAACUUCAAAUAUCAUAUGUCGGUGCAUCGCGGUACUAAAGAGUUCGCUACUACUUGCCCGGUGUGCGGGAAAUAUUUUAACGAUAGAGGAUAUCUGAGUAGCCAUAUGAAAAUACACAGGAAUAGGAAGGAAUACAAAUGUUCAAUCUGUCCAAAGUCGUUCAACCAGCGAGUGGCUUAUAACAUGCAUGUUAGGAUACAUACAGGAGUAAAGCCACAUGUGUGCGGGGAGUGCGGGAAAGCAUUUUCACGUAAGAUGUUACUGAAGCAACACGCGCGUACGCACUCCGGGGAGCGGCCCUACGCCUGCCCGCACUGUGAUCGUCGGUUCGCUGAUCGCUCCAAUAUGACCCUUCAUUUAAGACUUCAUACUGGAGUCAAGCCUUUUUCGUGUUCUUUGUGCCCCAAAUCGUUUACAAAGAAGCAUCACUUGAAGUCACAUCUUAAUUUUCACACCGGUGCUAAGCCGUACUCUUGCCCGCGAUGUAAACUCGCCUUUACACAGUCUUCGAACAUGAGAACUCAUUUCAAAAAAUGCAACGUGCCUGAUACAACUCUCACACCAGAAGUUUCUUCCUAAGUUAUGCAAAUGUAACAUUUCGUGAUUCAAUAACUCAAAGAUUAUCCAACCAGAUGGCAAC